AUGGCUGAUUUCUCAACCAAUACACAGAAAUUACGUUUGACUGAACGAGAAUUUCGAAAAAUGUCGACAAAUGGAAAUAACACAAUCACAUGGGACGAAAGCAUUACAAUUAUUCAACAAAUAUGUACAUCACGUUCAAAAGAACCCAGGUCAAUAAAUCCGAUGCUGGAUCCCACCAUCCGACAAAAUCUCAUCGGAUUCCUGGAAACGGAAUUGCAUUGGAAUCCGACUAGAAAAAUUCCCUGGCUGUUGCAAAUUUUAUGA